AUCAUAAUAAAAAGCAAUAUUUUUUUACCCAUAAAAUAAUAUAGCAUCCUUCCCAAAAUGAUAGAGGAAGCAAUAAAUUUUAAUUUUUCUCAAAUAUUACAUUUUAGUUAUUAUAUGCAUUUGGGUGUAUUAAGAUGGCUGUGUGGGACGUCGAGUGGUUUUCCCAAACGGCCGAAAAUGUGAAAAAAAAAACAUGGCUACCGUGGGGACCAAAAAAAUACCCACGAAGAGCUAUUCUCAAAGACGGACAUGAAAAUAUCUACAGGAAAAGCAUGAAAAAUUGGCGUAGGUGGAGAUUCCUACAAGACAUUGUCAAUACUUUAUUGGAUGCUCAGUGGAGAUGGACUCUCCAAUUCCUCGCUCUUGAAUUUUUUGGUUGUUGGCUGGUUUUCGCCCUUUUAUGGUGGCUAAUCGCUUUUGUUCAUGGAGAUUUACAUGACGACCAUUUACCUCUACGUCAAGCAGAGACAGGUUGGAAUCCCUGUGUUCUCAAUAUUUACGGAUUCCAUUCGGCCUUCCUUUAUUCUUUGGAGACUCAACACACCACAGGUUAUGGUUCCAGAGCGAUAACCGAGGAAUGUCCAGAAGCUAUUUUUCUUUUGGUCUGUCAGUGUCUUAUCGGCAUGACUUUGGAUUCAUUUGCUAUAAGUAUAGUUUUUGCAAAAUUAAUUCGUUCCAAGCACGCCACUAGUACAAUUCAGUUUUCGAAAAAGGCAGUCAUUUCUCACAGGGACGGCAAAUUGUGUUUUAUGAUUAGAGUUGGUGAUAUUCGCAGAAGCAAACUGGUGGCAGUUGGUUUAAGAGCAAUAGCAAUAAAAAACGAAACGACUCAAGAAGGAGAAAUUCUUCCGAGUUUUCACAGAGAGUUGGAGUUGCAAGCUGACAAUGCCUCGAAUAAUCCAACAUUCUUGUGGCCUCUUAUUGUUUACCACGAAAUCAAUAAGGAUUCUGCUUUAUAUGAGUUUUCCGAAGCGGAAAAAAUGAGAUUGCAAAAAAUUGAGAUUGUUGUUGUGUUGAGUGCUACCGUUGAAAGUACAGGUGUUUCGAUUGAAGCCAAAUCAAGCUAUCUAGCCAGGGAAAUUUUAUGGGGCUACAAGUUCGAAUCUAUGGUCUCCUACAAUAAGUGCGUCAAUUGUUACGAAUCCGAUUGGAAAAAGUUCGACAACGUCCGGAAAAUUAAUUCGGGACAAAACCUGGACGACGAUGAAGCAAGUAGUUUUUCUGAUACAGACGAAACCAAAUUAUUGAAUAGUCCCGACGACGGUGCAAGUUGCUCGACCGAUUUUCUCGAACCUUUAAACUACAAAACACUACAUUCGUCAACCAAGUCAUCUGUUCGAAACGAGAUGAUAAACUUUGAGGAUACUGAUGAAUUGCCGGCAUAUAAAAAACCAGCUUCCCCCAUUACCGAUAAGCUAAAACACAAGAGAAGCUUUUUCCAAAGACAGCCUUCCAAGUAUGACAAUUAUCCAGAAACUAUCGACGAGAGCGACGAAGAAGAAGAUGUAUUUGUAACCUCUGCAGUAUGAACAUAUUUACAUUUUAGUUUCGUUAUUUAUUAAUAUUAUCAUAAAUAGGCUCCUGGGAGCAAAAAAAUUGGGGACUUUAGUCAUUAUUAAUCAAUAGAGUAGGUAUUUUAGUCCAACAAAUAAUAAAACUGCUAAACCUUUGACUGAAGGCUUAUUUGAACAAAACAUUUUCUCAAGUUAUUCCCUAAACCAACAAUAAGCGUAUUCAGUGAUAAGAGAAACAGAUCGAAAUUGUUUGUUUAAAAAUUAUUAUUCCAGAAAAUAUGUGAGGUGUGACAGUUUGACCUUGCACAAAAUUAGGCAUUACACUUGAAAACGAAAACUAUAUGAACCAAUUUUUGGGUUAUUUUCUAAAGUGUCGCCGUUUGAGUUAAGUAAUGACAUAAUGGAUAUACUUAAGUACUUACCUAAUACAAAUAAUUUUGAUGAAUAAUGAAGUAAUAGAUUAUGUCCCAUUUUGGCAGCCUACAUUUUUUGUAAGAAAAAAGGAUAUUUUAUAAUUGUCAAAAUCGAAGCAUGUAGAAGACUCAAAACUAUUAUUUUAAGGAACAAUAAUUUGGUUCAGUAUAGUGUGAACGAUAAUCCAAGAGGCUCAACCAUAGGAAAAAAUAUUGAUAUCCAAUUUCAACUAAAUGGAACAAUAA